CGGGGUGGAAGGACUACAACUUCCAUCGCGCUCUGCGCUGCCGGGGCGGCCUUCUUGGCUGUCUCGAGUGUUGGUGGGAUGUGGGCAGCAAAGUUUCCUAGCCGUAAGCUGCAGCGGGGGUAUUAACCCCUUCCGCAAGAGUCGGUGAUGCGAAGGGCGCGGGCUCAAUAGGUGUAAAGCCUUGUGGCUUGGGAGCCGUGCACUGAGUCGAGUGGGGUGUGCACUGACGCAGCCUCUGAGUCCAGACUCUCGCUGGGAUUACUGUUGGUACGCUAUGGGUACAGUACUGCAGCUUUCCGGGGGCACCUGAUUUAGAUUGGGAGCUUCUGGGACCUGGGAUUUUUGUCAUUUUGUGUGUUUGUAUGUUGUGGAGCACUUCGUGCGGCCAAAUACAUGAUAGUUUUAUGGCAACGUAUGUUAAAACAGGAAUUAAAUCUCUGUUUUGGAGAAGUGGUAUCCUAAGUACACAAACUUGUACAAUACAAAGACAGUAGAUGUUGUUAUUGCUAAUGGGCUUUGCAGAACAUGGUGUGUUAGACUGGCAGUGAUUUGGAGGAGAUCGAGAGCACUUGGUGUGUCUUGUCCUUGCUUUGAGCUGUCAGAACAUAGUCGUGUAAGAGAACAGCAAAUGUUAUUUAUUGUUAACAAUAAUGCUUUCAUUAAAGGGUUAUCUGUAAAAGUUAAGCAAGGAUCAGAUCCUUUCUCCUCCUCUCUCUGCUGAAAGAAUCUGGAACCAUCAUUUCUACAACCAGGCGUGCAGCAAGUAAACUCUGAAAUGCCAUAAUUCAUCAUCUCCCCCAACACGCUCCUCCCUCUGAAGGAGAAGAAUAUUCAAGGACAGCUCCAUUUGGACAAAUAGACGGCUUCAGGGGAUAAACUAUUUCUUUUUGGUAUAUCUGUGAGAGAGUGAGCGUGCGUUUUCCAUUAGCACUAUGGAUAGAAGGUGUUAUGGCUGUGCAUCCAAGUUUACCCUCUUCAGGAAAGAGGCAAGUCUCUCUUCAACACUGAAUACAAGAUCUGGCCCUAAAAAGCCAGUUGGGCAGGCCGCUGAGUGAGUUUCCUCAUGGCAGUGUUUGAUCAAUGCCAUCUGAAACUCCCAACAGUUUGAGGCUCCUCAUAUCAGAAAUAGUAACCCCACUCUCUGCUUUACAUUCUACAGUUCAAACCUGCUGAGCUUCCUUGGCUCUAAGCACAUGUUUUUAUGUGUGUCAGUGUCAUUGUUUUCCAUAAUUGUAUAUUAAUGACACAAGCACGUUAACCUCUCUGUGUUUAACACAUGUAGGAAUUGCUAUAACACAGCAGUUCUGAAACUGUGGGUUGUGACCCUAUUUUAAUGGGGUUGCCAGGGCUCGUGUUAGACUUGCUGGGGCUUGGGGCCAAAGACAAAACCCGAGCCCCACCACCCGGGGCCAAAGCCCAACCCUCAUCGUCCUGGGCGGCAUGGGUUGGGCUUUGGCUUUGGCUUUGGCUUCAGCCCUGGGUGGUGGGGCUCAGGAUACAGGCCCCCGUAUCCUGAGCCCUUGGGCUUUGCCUUCCCCCAACCCGGGGCGGUGAGGCGGCGGGGCUCUAGCGGGCUCAGGCUUCAGUGCCCCCUCCUGGAGUCAUGUAGUAAUUUUGUUGUCAGAAGGGGGUUGUGGUGCAAUGAAGUUUGAGAACCCCUGCUAUAACAGUACAGACUUAUGUUCCAUGUCGUUCGAUAUUCUCCAGAUACUUCAGAAAAAAGAGUGAGCCCCCUCACCCCCUUACUAUACUAGGGGAGGAGAUGGUAUUCCUGACUCCAGCAGGUGAUCAGCUUAUGUCUGAAAGGCUGAUAUUCUUGCGUUGUUUAGUCUAGCUAGUGUAGCUGCAACUACUAUUCUUAUUCAUACAAAUACUUUAAUUCUCUUUUUAAACUUACAAACUAGCACAUAUCAUAUCUCUGAAGUACUUUUGAUGUGGAAGUUGCUCCUGCCUGGUGCAUAUGCAGAGAGAUUCAGUGUAUAUUUCACAGAGUUGUUUCAGCCAGCCAGUGAAACCCUUGCACUUCCUUGUUUCUUCUCAGUGUGGGUGCAAGAACUGUGGGCGGGCAUUCUGCUCAAGCUGCCUUGGAUUCAGCGCCAUUGUUCCCCGUUAUGGGAAUACUCUGCAGAAGGUGUGCAAGCAGUGUCAUGGGGAGCUAACCAGAGGAGUGUCUCGGACUAGUACAGCUAGAUGGUCUCCACCAGAGAACUACAAAAAACGUGUAGCAGCUCUUGAGGCCAAGCAGAACCAGCCGAUGAGUCCGCAGAAAGGCCCAGUGAAACCCCGAGGCCAGACAGGUUCCAAAUAUCAGGGGCUGUCAAAGGAGGAUCGAGCUAUUGCAGAGAGGCUGGAGAGGCUCAAGGAGGAAACGAAGCCCAAGUCCAUCCCAUCUCAAGCUGAGAUAGAAUCAAGGCUUGCAGCACUGAAGGAUAACCCCAGCAAACCCAUUCCAUCCACACAGGAAAUGGAAGACCGUCUGGCUGCCCUGCAGGGAAGAGCUCUUCCAACUAAAACUCCCAGACCGGUGCACCAGCCCCCUGAUACCAGAACCCAAGUCCAAAAGUCUGAUGACCUGUUGACCCAGCUGGCUGAGGAAGUUGCCAUUGAUGAGAGUUCUAGUCCAGUCCAGCCUCAAGCUGUUAAUAUCCAGACCCUGAAUGAUCUCAAUCGGAGAAAUCAGAGUGGCAUCAGCACUGCUGAUCUGGACCCAAAACAGCUGGAGGAGGAGAAGAAUAAACUUCUGGCAGAGGCUGCUGCUGAGCUGAGGGAGGAGAACACUAGGGAGGAGAAAAUCCUAGAAGUUGCAAAGAAACUGGCAGCACUCAAAGGCCAGGACCCCGAGAAAGUGACUCUGGAAGACUAUAAGCUCCCUGACAGUGACGAGGAGCUGACGGAGGAAGAAGCCAUUCAGCGAGUCCUAAAACAGCUCACUGAGGAAGCAGCUCUGGAUGAAGCAAGCGGCUUCAACAUCCCUGCUGAUCAGGCCACCCACCCAGCAACCUCACAGCAGAACACACCCAAGAAAGCAAAGCUAAAGAUCCAAGCUCCAACUGCCACAGCUAGUGCUAAGAAACCCAGCCCAAUUGCUAAGGCAGAAGACGGUGAUGAUGAGGAGUUACCAUGGUGUUGUAUCUGCAACGAAAAUGCCACAUUGCGCUGCCAUGACUGUGAUGAUGAUCUCUAUUGCCAGCGAUGCUUCCGGUAACAGCGAUAACGCCUUUUGGGAAGGCCAUGAUGAGCUUGACCGGAAGGAGCACCACACAUCUAGCUAUCAUCCUCCUCGUAAGCAGAAAUGAGUCCAUGAGCUGUGGAAAGGGAAGAAGAUGGAAAAUGGAGAUACAGAGGGAGUUGUCAAGAUGGGAAGAGUUCAGGCAGACAUGCACUUGCUACCAAAACAGAGGAUCUCUCGAACAAUUCGAGGAACCUCUGUAAUUCCAAAGAAGCUUGGCGAAAAUGUGACUCCCUUCCCCAAACAUAGCCAGGGAAAUAUGGCUGGGAGUGAAGUAUACGCUCUGCAUACAUGAGAGUUUAAAUCAGUGGAACAUUAGAAAAUGGAUGAAUUGGUAUAAAUGUAAAUAGCAUGAGUUUAAACCAGGGGGCAUUUGGAGGAUGGUAAAGCCAGGGAAAGAGCUUGAAUAUAAGCCACUGUGAGGCUGUGUGAUGAAUAAUUUCCUGCUUUUGCUAAUAAUUUACACAUUUUGUUCAAAAAAGAUGACAAGGCAAGUUAAAUUAAGAAAAGAUAAAAUUCUUCAUGGCUUGAUCAGAUAUGUGAUAAGAAUCUCUGAAGUGUAAUAAAGGAACGUGUGUAGGGAAAUCUCUUGAA